AUGUCAGAAAACAUUCAUGACGAAGAAUUAGAGAGAAGCUCUCAAAAUUCACAUUUAUCUACACCUUCUGUUAAAGAAGAUUAUGAAGAUAUAAAAGCACAAACACCAGAUGAUCUGAAUAUGGAAGACCCUGCUCCAAAAAGUUCAAAAUCUAAAUAUUUAUCAGCUAGUUUGUUAUGUUUAUGUGUCGCCUUUGGUGGUUUUAUUUUCGGUUGGGAUACAGGUACUAUCUCAGGUUUUGUUAAUCAAACUGAUUUCCUAGAUAGAUUUGGUUCAAAACAUUCAGAUGGAACUCCAUAUUUCUCUAAUGCAAGGACCGGUUUAAUUGUCGCUAUUUUCAAUAUUGGUUGUGCCAUUGGUGGUAUUAUUUUGUCAAAGGGUGGUGACUUAUAUGGUCGUAGAAUUGGUUUGUUCAUUGUUGUUACCAUUUAUAUCAUUGGUAUUAUUAUUCAGAUUGCGUCAAUUGACAAAUGGUAUCAAUAUUUUAUUGGUAGAAUUAUUUCUGGUUUAGGUGUCGGUGGUAUUGCUGUAUUAUGUCCAAUGUUAAUUUCUGAGAUUGCUCCAAAGCAAGUUAGAGGUUCUUUAGUUUCUUGUUAUCAAUUGAUGAUUACUGCAGGUAUCUUUUUGGGUUAUUGUACUAACUAUGGUACUAAAAAUUACUCGAACUCUGUCCAAUGGAGAGUCCCAUUAGGGUUGUGUUUUGCAUGGGCUUUGUUCAUGUUAUUUGCUUUGACUUUAGUUCCAGAAUCUCCAAGAUAUCUGGUUGAAGUUGGGAGACUGGAAGAAGCUAAGAGAUCUUUAGCUAAGUCAAACAGAUGUACUAUUGAAGAUCCAAUUGUAAUUGAGGAAUAUGAUCUGAUUUCUGCCGGUGUUGAAGCAGAAAAGGCUGCUGGUGACGCUAGUUGGAAAGAAUUGUUCUCUACUAGAUCAAAAAUUGUUCAACGUUUGACAAUGGGAUGUAUGAUUCAAUGUUUACAACAAUUGACUGGUAAUAAUUACUUCUUCUACUAUGGUACAAGUAUCUUCAAGUCCAUUGGUUUGGAGGAUUCUUUCCAAACUUCCAUUAUUAUCGGUAUUGUUAACUUUGCUUCCACUUUCGUUGCCCUUUACACUGUGGAAAAAUUAGGCCGUCGUAGAUGUCUAUUAUGGGGUGCUGCAUCAAUGAUGGCAUGUAUGGUCAUUUAUGCAUCUGUUGGUGUCACAAGCUUGUAUCCAAACGGUGACGAUCAACCAUCUUCUAAAGGUGCCGGUAAUUGUAUGAUUGUUUUUACCUGUUUCUACAUUUUCUGUUAUGCCACUACAUGGGCUCCAGUUGCUUGGGUUAUCACAGCAGAAUCUUUCCCAUUAAGAGUUAAAUCCAAGUGUAUGUCUAUCGCUUCUGCUGCUAAUUGGACUUGGGGUUUCUUGAUUGCUUUCUUUACUCCAUUCAUCACUUCAGCCAUUAACUUUUACUAUGGUUAUGUAUUCAUGGGAUGUUUAGUUUUCAUGUUCUUUUAUGUCUUCCUCAUUGUUCCGGAAACUAAAGGUUUAACAUUAGAAGAAAUCAAUGAGUUAUGGGAAGAAGGUGUUCUACCAUGGAAGUCAGCACAAUGGGUUCCAGCCUCUAGAAGAGCAGUCGACUACGAUAAUGAAUUGUUAACGCAUGAUGAUAAGCCAUGGUAUAAAAGUAUGAUUUAA